AUGGAUUUUGUUGUAAAAGAUGAGAAGAAACACGACCAGGUUCUCGAAGAAACGACCAACAAAUUUGAAGAUGAAGGCGAUCAGGCUCUUCAAGAAACGAUCGACAAAUUUGAAGAUGACGGUGAUCAGUGUCCGCAAGAAUCGAUCAGGAUCAAGAAGCGAGCCCCAUGGUGCCAUGAUGAUGAUGAGGGCGGGUGUGUUCAGGAGAAAAAGAAGCGAAGGAUGAAGAAGAUAAUGGAUAAGGCAAGGUUUCCGUCUCCCCAUGCAACACCAGAGCUCCCUGUCAUUCUCAGGAAUCAGAUCAAGGCUUUGGGGGGUUCUGAUGUCAUGUUUGUAAUCGAGAAACCUCUUUUCAAGAUUGAUGUGAGUACCGGUCACAACCGUCUGUCCAUACCCGUAAACCAGAUCCAAAAAAGUUUCCUCACACCUGAAGAGAGUGAGAGGUUGAACUCAGGAAGAAACGGAAAAAAAUGUGCAGAUAUGGAAGUGAUGUUGAUUGAGCCCUCCCUUCAUCGGGAAACCAUCAGCUUGAGGAAGUGGGACAUGAAGAAAGCUUCCGAAAAUUCUAGCUCAAUGUAUGUGUUGGUGACUAAUUGGAAUUCGGUUGUAUGGAGGAAUAGCAUGAGUGAAGAUGAAACGGUGCAGCUCUGGUAUUUUCGAAUCAAGUCCAAGUUGGGUUUCACUCUUGUAAAGAGAAGACUACAAGAUGAUCCUAGGAAUCGUUCAUUAAGGGGCAUCCUGGAUAGUUGA